GUGUCUUUUUCGCCUUCCCCACAAUCGCACCGCAAACGAAAAUCACCCCCCCCCUUCCCCCCCCCCCCCAUCCUAACGGCCACAAAAACAAACGAGAAAGGCGUGCGUUUUCAAAGAGAUGGUCAGCGUGCGCUACAGCGCGGCUAAGGAGCGAGACAUGCCUCUCUUCCGCACCCUGCAGUGGUCCUGGUUCGUGGUGGCCAUCUUCUAUACCUACGGGGACUUCCUGCACGAGUUCGUGCUCAAGCACAGGGCCCUGCUGUGGCUCAGCCACAUCACGAUGUUCAACGCGUGGCUCUCCUUCACCGCCUACUGCUGCGUGUUCGUCGUUUCGGUGCUUACUCUCAAGAAGGGUCUGUACAAGUAUCAGGUUGGGCAGUUAACGUGGACGAUUGUGACGAUCUGCAUGAUCGUUGCCCAGGUGAAGUUCGUGGCGCACAAUAUUUUCAACGGCAUAUUUUGGUUUUUCUUUCCCGCGAGCCUCGUCAUCUGCAACGACAUCACCGCGUACUUUUGCGGAAUUACCGCCGGUCGCAAGCUGAUCAAGAAACCUUUCCUCAAGAUUUCUCCCAACAAGACAUGGGAAGGAUUUAUGGGGGCCUUUUUCUUCACUUGCCUUUUCGCCUUCUACUUCUCGGCCUUCCUGGCCAAGUUCGAGUGGUUCACCUGCCCGGUGCAGGACCUUAACUUUAGACCGAAACCGAUCCACUGCAACCCCGAUGCAGUUUUCCUUCCAGCGGAGUUUGUCGUGCCCGAGAGCGUCCGAUGGUUCAUGGAGGCGUUUCUCUUCUUCCGGCUCCCGGUGGCUUCUCUCAGCGUGACCUUGGCCCCCAUCCAGCUCCACGCUCUGCUCAUGGCAGGCUUCACGUCGGUCAUCGCGCCUUUCGGCGGCUACUGGGCUUCCGCAAUAAAGCGCGCGUACGGCAUCAAAGACUUCGACUCGAUUAUUCCCGGACAUGGUGGGGUAACGGACCGGAUGGACUGUCAGUUCAUCACGGCCCUGUUCGUGUCGGUGCACUACAACACCUUCAUAAGGCCGAACAUAACAACGGUAGAGGGGCUUCUUGCGGCGGCAACCAUGCUUUCGCACUCUGAGCAGAUGGAGCUUCUGGAUGAGUUGAAGCAUAUGAUGAACAGCACGUGAUGGAAUGGGAAUAGUGGUAGUAGUAGACGGGGCACGGGGUAGGGUUGUCGGACUUGACGUCGGCACGUGGCACAGAUCGCAUGAAGGUUUGAGGUGAUGUUAGUGUUCGUGUGCGCGCUCGUUCGGUGUGGCUUGCGAGCUCGGUUGCGUCGACAGAUCGGUAGGUGGUCUGCGGAUUGUGAUUAUUAAAAAUGCGUCACUGGAUCAAAUCUGAACUUUUGUUGUAUAAAAUAUGCUUGUACAUGAAUGUCGAGCAUUUUCUGGUCAAACCGGAGUUGGCUCCGUGAAUUUAACCUCGCUGCGGUCGGGUAGUUUGCAAUGAAACAACGUGCAAUAUGUUUUGUACGUGGAGAGACACGUGUAUGCGUCAGGCCCUUGCAGCGCGCUGCUUAUCUUGUGGUUCAUGAGAGGGAGUAUGUAUGUAUUCUAUGCAGUGCGAAUGAGCCACGUGGCUCCACGUUCCUCUUCGUUGAUGGCAUUGGAUCCGCCUACCCGCCCUUUAAUGGGUAUGAGCUUUUCCGCAAUGAAGCAGGAUGCUGCAGGAACAAUCGAUGUCGAUUUACACGGAAGAGAAGUUGGCUGAUUGGGAUCCAGCAGGAUUUAGAAAGCGGCUAACGAGCUUAAAGAGGUGUUUGGGUUGUAGAUGGGGUAGGUGGUACACACUGGUAUUCGACAAGGGGCAACCUCUGUAAGGUCUUGCGAGUCCGUACAGUAUUUUACAACAGGGUUGUGUUAUCCUAUAAGUGUAAUACUUUCCCUCCUAUGCUUGCAAAGUUGCCCGCACAGCGAAGGAUGACAUCGUAUUACUUGCGUCGGUAUAAUGGGCUCCCACGCCGCCAUUAUUAGGUCCCGCAGCAGUCGACACAAGCUUUUGCUUGUGUCCGGGAAGGCUCUUCCUAUUUUUUUUGUAACUUGGAGGAAGAGGACCUCCGAACUUAUGUUCACAAACGUCACUUCUU